AGCAAAAGCCCACGCGCGAUGCGAAACCCAUCGCCGGAAACGCGAGGAUUUCCGCGGAUUUUUGCCGCCGCGGCGAGGCCGGAAACGCGAGGAUUUCCGCGGAUUUUUGCCGCGGCGGCGAGCGACCCAUAUAAGCUAAGCUAAACCACCCACGCCGCUGUCUCUCCCGCAUCCGCUUCUCCGCUACCUCCCAAUAAACUAAGCUUUUGGCGCGUUGCUGGCUCCCGCUCACGCCUCGUCUCGCUCGACGUCUCCGAGGAGGCGAGGAGCUCGAGCUCGCCGCCUCGCCGGCCGGCCAUUACUUUAUCCGCGGCGGGUAGCUGGGGAGGGAGGGGAGGCGGCCGGCCACCAACCCAUCGUCGUCUUGUGGUUUCCCAUGCGGUUGCCGCCGCGGGCGCCGCUGCAUUCGCGGGAGCGGGCGGGAACGGGAUGGGGCUCGUCGGUGGCCUCCUCGGCUUCGGCGUCGGCCUCCCCCUCGGCAUCGCCGUCGCCUACCUCGUCUACCUCCGCUUGUUCGCCCCUCGCCGCCGUCUCCAGGAUCCUAUUAUUAGACCACUACGCGACUUGGAUUCUGAGACAUUACAGACAACUAUACCAGAUAUUCCGUUGUGGGUGAAGUGUCCAGAUUAUGAACGGGUUGACUGGAUUAACAAGUUUAUUUUUGAUAUGUGGCCCUUCCUUGAUAAGGCAAUCUGCAACACAAUAAGAAGUGUAAUCAGACCAACAUUUGAUCAAUAUGUUGGACAAUAUGGAAUAAAAUCAAUUGAAUUUGGGCACUUAACACUUGGGGCUCUUCCUCCUACGUUCCAAGGAAUUAAAGUUUAUGAAAUGAGAGAAAAAGAGUUGGUAAUUGAACCUGUGAUUCGGUGGGCCAGCAUAGCAAAUGUAAUUGUGAAAGUGAAGGUGCAUUCUUUCCAAGUGUCGGCUCAGCUUUUAGAUUUACAUAUAAUGCUGACACCACGUGUGACUCUGAAGCCUCUUGUGCCAAGCUUUCCCUGCUUUGCAAACUUGUGUGUUUCACUGAUGGAGAAGCCACAUAUCGACUUUGGAUUCAAAUUGUUGGGUGGAGAUGUCAUGGCAAUACCUGGCUUGCAUCGGUUUGUCCGGGAGAAAAUAUCAAAGCAAAUCGCAAACUUGUAUCACUGGCCUAAGCUUAUACAAAUUCCUAUUUUAGAUGAAGCGAGUGGUGCGACAAAGAAACCAGUUGGAAUAUUACAUGUAAAGGUAAUUCGAGCCAUGAAUCUUCUCAAGAUGGACUUGCUUGGAAAAUCUGAUCCCUAUGUCAAGCUCCGUUUGAGUGGUGAGAAACUGCCUUCAAAGAAGACGUCUAUUAAGAUGAGCAACCUGAAUCCUGAGUGGAAUGAACACUUCAGAUUUAUAGUCAAGGAUCCUGAAACACAAAUCCUUGAGCUCCGCAUGUUUGAUUGGGAAAAGGUUAAAAUGCAUGAUAAACUGGGUAUGCAAGUAGUUCCCCUCCGCUUGCUUACUCCUUAUGAGAGUAAACUGUUCACACUUGACCUUCUGAAAAGCAUGGACCCAAAUGAUCCUCAUAACAAGAAGAACAGAGGAAAGCUUGUCGUAGAGCUGACAUUUGAUCCCUUCAGAGAUGACAGCAACAGUACCAUUCUGAUGUCAGAUGGUGAAGGCAAUGUCAGUGUAAAAAGGGACGUCCCACCUAGUGGAGGGUUGCUGUUGGUUUCAGUAGAAAAUGCAGAAGACGUCGAGGGAAAGCGUCAUACUAAUCCGUAUGCCGUGGUUCAUUUUAGGGGAGAAAGGAAGGAAACGAAGAUAAUCAAGAAAACAAGAGAUCCAAGAUGGAACGAAGAGUUUCAGUUCAUGGUUGAUGAGGCUCCUGUGGAUGAUAAGAUCCACAUCGAAGUAGUAAGCAAACGCCGUGGGCUCCGGCUUCCCUUCCGCAAUAAGGAAUCAUUGGGGCAUGUGGAUAUAAACCUAGUGGACGUCGUGAACAACGGACGGAUCAACGAAAAAUACCAUCUGAUCAACUCGAGGAACGGGAUGGUACACGUCGAGAUGAAAUGGAGCACUGUAUGACAAUGAUUCGGUAUUCUGAAGAGUCUCACCUGUAUGAUUAUACCUGUCGCUGUACAUAUACAGUCGCCAUACUCCGUGUGGGCCAUGUAUGUUGUAACUUUAGCCCUAAUCCUCUACUCUCUCGCUCUUUUCGUGAUCCAUUUUGGGCGCUUUUUAGCGUGCUGUAACGUCAAUGAUAGUGGCGUGAUCACUUGCUUGUAAAGUCACGCGGCAAUGCGUUCGUUGAUCUCUCUUUCAGUGUUUUUAUCAUUCUUUUUGGCUGCCUGUAUGGCACCCAUCAAUGUUGUGUCGUUCGAUCACGCCUGAAAGUGGCUCAUUUAUUGAAUAUAUAUUACUCUA